UAAGCAGCUGAUUAUGGAUGUAGAGCAGAAAACUGAAAAGGUUUCAUAUACAUCCUUGUUUGAGCUUACGGGGAGACUUGGGACCACCGUACCGCUUUAUGAUGUUACUACAAAGAACGUGUUGUCUCGCCUACCUCACUUCAUGCCUGGAAAACUUAAUCCGGAUCAGAUGAAGGCAAUGAUUGGAUAUAUUCAGGUCGACGAAUUGGAAAAGAAAGACAUCGGGUAUAAAAAGAAAGAAGUUGACAGAAAAGAGCUUAGUCACAUUUCUACAUUCCAAGUACUUAAUAAUGAAGAAAUAUACUCAAUAUGUCCUAUUGGCGACACUCACGUAUGGAUGUCAGUAUCUUCAUCGAAUGAAUUGCUUAACGUAAACAAGAACGGCAAGGUCGCAGAGUCUGUCAAGCUUGAAUUUUACCCGUUUUGUCUGACAAUGACCAACACAGAAGAACUACUGAUCACGGUUGAUUAUUGUUCACCGCUGAUAUACAAACUAACCAAGGACAGACGAGUGACCAGAUUUGCUGACAUCAGUCCGUUAGAAGCCUGGGGUAUCAGUGUCAGUGACAGUGACGAGGUGUUCGUUACUACUAAAACUACAACAAUACUGGUACUGAACAUGUCCGGGGAGAGGAUCAGACAAAUCUCGUGUGGAGGUAAUGGGCUGAGUGUCGUAUGUUUGACAAAGGGAGAUAUAGCCGUCACCACUGGCGCGGAUAUUUUUGAGUGUAAGGAAAUAAUUGUCAUCAACAAAUCUGAUCAGAUCAUACACAAGUGGAGUGGGGAGCUAGACAAUGGUCAGACGUUAAAGAAAACUCAUCAAUGGGAUAUAGCACGAUAUAGAUAUGACAGAGUGUUUGUACCAGACAGCAACACUGACCAGGUAUACGUCCUCUCGGUAAAUGAGGGAAAGGCCAAGUGUCUCCUAGACAAGAGACAUGGAGUAACAUACCCAGCGGUUGUGUGUGUAGACAGGUGGGGGCAUGUUUGGAUCGGCUGUGUUGAUGGUACAGUGCAUGUGAUGCAACUAUGAACAGGAAAGAAAAGUUAAUGAAUAAAAACUGAUAACAUAACAUUAUAGUGACAAUAUAAAUGUCUCCAUGAAUAAAACAGAUGACAUUACAUUACAUUGGCAAUUCAAAUGUCACUAAUUACGCCACAAUUAAAUUAACGUUUGUAUACAACUACAGUGUCAACGUGUUAACUAGACAGACUGUGUUCGGUUCACUGAGAUGAUCACAAGUUUCUGUUCUUACCUUUCAUAAAUCAUCAAUAGGAAAUCGUUAUAGAGUCCUAUACUAAAGUUGAUCCGGCCUGGAUGUAUGUUACAUCAUAAUGUAAUGCAAAAUGUUUAUUAAAUACAGA